CGUUUUACUAACCUAUCCAAGAAAGUCCAAAGAAGACAGUUCUAGUAAUACUAAAUAAGCAUACAGUCCCCUCCUAAAGGUCGUUAAUCUUGAAAACUUGUUAGCAAGCUUUUUGAAAAUAAUCCAACCCACCCUUCUUUGUUUCGAUCCCUUUGCUUGCUUUUUUUAGACCAGAUUUUGUGUUACUUUCUAUGGUGGUGCUGGUCUUCAAAUCUUUCUGUUUAAAUGCAUGCUCGCUGGAUUAUUUAUGUUCUCAGAAGCCAAGUGAUUGAUGGAUAGUCAUGUGGAGAAGGUGUGUGUUGCUCUUGGGAAUGAUUUACAACAUGGAUUCAAGACUUAGGAUUGGACACUUGGGAAAUGGAAAUCCAUCAAUCCAAUCUCCGUAGUCUUUCUUUCUCCAUGUGACCCGCAGUACAACGUUUCCAAGGAUUUUGUUUACACCCCGUCUUGGAAGCCACCUGCCAGCUCUGUGAGUGAUGAGAAACUGGAAGUUCUUAGGAAGUAUGAGUAAGGAAAGAUAGACAAGCUGCUCUCCGAGUAUAUAGCUUUCCGUGGAAAGGUUUGCUGGCAUCUAUUGAAAGUUGAAAAAUCUGAUGAAACCAUUCAUAAAGUCAUAGUAGAUUUGAUCUCCACACUCAGGAUAACCAAAUUAGUCAUGAGACUUGCAUUCAUGGAGUCCUCUUCAUCAUGGAGAUCGAAGAGUGUAAUUAGUGGAUCGUCCCACAUUCAUCAGCAUAAUCCAAAAUUUGUGCUCCUUAAAGGAGAAAAGGAAGAAGGAUUCAUGGAGGAUGAUCAAGGAGUGAUGGUUGCAAAAAAGGCCAACUUUAGAAGCUGGUUAGGAAAAAUGUUUACCGACAACUCCCAUGAUCCUCACCAGUUACCUGCCUCGUCAAAAGCCCUAGAGAAUGAGAAUCAGUGGGAAAAUUAUGCCCAAGAGAUUGAAAAUUAUUUCGAACAUUUGCUGUCUUUGAAUUUAGAUGAAGAAAUCUGCAAGGAAGAGAAUGAUAUUUUGCAGGCUGGUUCAACGGAACCAGGUGUGGCAGAAGAUGCUGUUUCUACCAUGGCUAUGAGUGUUGCAGCAAAAAUGGCAUCUAUGAGAAGGAGAAUGGAGGGAACCCAGAAAAUGAUUCAAAUGAAGAGGGAAGAGAGUAAAGUCAAUUCAGAAAGAUGUGCAAAAGCUGAAUGGGCUAAAUGUUUGUGCAAUAGCCGGGUUGAGGAACUUGAAGCGAAGAUUCAAGAAGAGGUCUUGAAUCGCUUAGAUUUAAGUAAAAGCUUGGAUGCCGAGAAUGAACAAAUUCAAGAAAUCAGACGUGAUAUUCAAGAAAGCAAGAAGAGGCUAAGCUCCCUUGUUGAGCUCCGAUCAGAGGUCUAUAGCAAGCUCCAAACAUCAACUAUGGCAAGAUCACAUGUGGAGGUUCAGUUAGAGAAGGCAGUCAUUGCAAGAGCACAAAUGGUUAGAGAGAUCGAGGAGUUACGGAGACAAAGAGAUGUUCUUCGGCGUCGGAUCGAGUUCUGUAAGGAAAAGGAUGCCGUGGGAACGGUGGCAAAGUUGAAUGAAUUAUGCUGUGGUUACAGAGAGUACACUACAAAGGAUAUCAGAUCAGCAACAGACAACUUUUCUGAGAGUCUAAGAUUGAAAUCCGGCGGGCAUUUGACAAAUGUAUAUCGCGGGCGUAUCAAUCACACGACUGUUGCGAUCAAAAUGCUCAAUUUCGAUUAUGGAUUGUCUCAAGAAGCUUUUCUAGCUAAGGUGAAGGCACUUAACAGCAUUAGACACCCGCAUUUGGUUGCCAUUAUUGGGUCUUGCUCUGAGCCCAGGUGCAUCAUUUUUGAAUGUAUGCACAAUGGAAGCUUAAGAGACAUGUUGUUUUCGUCCUCUCAAAUAAAACAUGGAAAAAGAAACCGGGCCUUCAGGUGGAAUCAUAGGAUCCGGGUAGCUCAUGAGAUAUGUUCAGGCCUGAGCUUCCUCCACUUGGCUCGACCCAGACCCUUCGCUCAAGUUCACUUGACAGCAUCGAAUGUCCUCCUCGACCGCAAUCUAGUUGCUAAGAUCGGUGGGUUCAGACUAACUCAGAGUCCAGAUGCAAAUGAAACGCUGCCUAAUAUUCAGGCUUUUGGAGUUUUACUGUUCCAACUUUUGACAGGGAGAAAUCCGACCGGGCUGGUCGAGGAGGCCAUGGCAAUGGACAAGACAGCCCUGCUUAAGGUUUUAGAUGAGAGGGCCGGAAAGUGGCCAUUGGAUUUAGCUUAUGAACUUGUUGCGAUAGCAACGAGGUGUUUGGAGUGCAAAGUAGAUUUCAGUCUAGCAAAAACAAGGGAAGAGCUUGAAAAGAUUACUAGAAAAGCUGAUGAUGUAGUUGCCAAAAGUGGAUGUGAGGUGGUAGUUAAUGGAAGUAUUGGUGAUAGAGAAGACUCAAGCGAAGCACCAAGCAUUUUCCUCUGCCCUAUAUUACAGGAGGUAAUGAAAAAUCCGCAUGUUGCAGCGGAUGGAUUUUCGUAUGAGUUGGAAGCCAUCGAGGAAUGGCUAAACACAGGGCGGGAUACUUCACCGAUGACAAAUUUAAGGCUUAAGCACAAAUUCCUUACUCCGAAUCACACCCUUCGUUCCCUAAUUCAAGAAUGGAAUAGAAGGAAAUCCACUGCUUCCUGACAUGAUACACUGUAUUCAUUACCAUGUAAUUACUCGUGCUAUCUGCUGAUUGCACGCUUGAAUAAAGCUCAACUGGAGCUUGAUCGGAAAGUUCGUGACUUGAGAAGAAGGCGAAGGCUUGGCAAGCCACUCACUGAGAGCUAAUGAUGCAGCAAACGCCACAUGCAAAAGCCCGAAGAACCUUCUACCAAAUAGACACGUAUUGUAACUGAACACAAAGUUUCUUCCAAUUACAAUAGUAUUACUAAUUCUGUAAUGCA